UACCUACUUUAUAAAAUCUGAUAAUAUAGCUCUUUAUUAUCAAAAAUGGAUAUGUUUCAAAAAUUUAAUUCUUAUUUAGAAGAGGAAUACGAAAUUCGUGAGAAAAUAAGAGAAAUCGUAAGACAGAUUGAUUCAGAAUCUAAGGAAGCAGCUGCAACUCUUCAAAUUAUUCACAUCAGUCUUUCAGAUGUUGGGAAAGCAUGCACGGAUGCUCGAACAAUAUUUGACAAAUGCAGAAUUCUUUAUAAUGAUUUGGCCCAGUGUAUUCCAAGUGGUCAAUACUAUCGUUUCUCUGAUCAUUGGAAUUGGUCUAUUCAGCGUUUAAUAAGUCUCAUAGCUUUAGUGGUUUAUCUUGAAGCUGGAUUUCUUGUUACUCGUGACACGUGUGCUGACAUUCUUGGAAUAAAGAAUCAGCAAACAGUAGGAGAACUUCAUCUAGAUUUGGAAACAUAUUUAUUGGGACUUCUUCUUAUGGUUAAUGAGCUUUCAAGAUUUGCAAUCAAUGUAGUGACAUUAGGUGACUACUCAAGAGUUUUAUCACUCCAACGAUUCGUGUCUGAUCUCAACUCAGGUUUCCGUUUGCUUAAUUUGAAGAACGAUGGUUUAAGAAAACGUUAUGACACCUUAAAAUAUGAUGUUAAGAAGAUAGAAGAGAUCGUUUACGACUUAUCAAUAAGAGGACUUUUGAAGCCAACAGAAGAAAUAACAGAAGCAUUUACGGGGGCGGGCAAUGGGGAAAUGCAGCAGCCGCCCCAAAUCCGAUCAGUCUCUGAUAUAUAUGGUACCGAUGAAAUAGAUUUCCUACUGGACGAAAUACGUGAUCUUGAACCCGCCUGCUGCCAAGAAGAUUUACAAGAUUUCGAAAUCGCUGGCAGCAGAGCCGGAGAAAUAUCAAUAACACCACUUGAAUCACCUCUGGGAACGUGCUCAUCGUGGGACUCACAUUUAAAUUAUCGUGAACGUCUCGGACAAGCUCAACUUGCUUGGGGCGUUGCACUUCACUGUGAUUCAUCACAUCUCAAGACACCAACAGGAAUAGUACGAAUUUUACUGGUUAUAUCGUCAGCAUGCUGUCUAGCUUUCGAAUGCUCCGCUGGAACAGUUCAAGUGGGACUUUUUCUGUUACCAUUAAUUGGACGUUUAAGAUUGAUGGUUUUUUGUGCACUUUUUUCAUUGCUCGUGACAUGUUUAAUGCUUUUUUUGGAUAUUUCACACAUUGCACUGAUGUUUCCCUUUAACUGGGGGAAAUUAAUCAUAGGCUAUUUUUGUGCGCUAGAAGCACUCGUGUUAGCAAUUCUAGCGGUCUUUCCAAUAUUUCGUCAACGAUUUCGAAGAAGUUUAACAAACGACGACCAAAUGGGUCUCCACGAUAGAGAGUUAAGUCCAUUAAGUAGUAACGACAUUGGUGAUAAAAUAAAUCUAAAUAAGGUCAGCGAUAUGCCGAAUCAUUUCAAUAGAACAAUGAAACGAUCAGUGACUGAUACGAUACGAGAUAAUCUCGAUAGCGAGACAGAAAUCCAUAUAAUGGCCAUUCAAAAGCCAGCGUACAUUCCAGUUAAACGACCGGAUCAGGCGUACAAUCAAAAGCCUAAGUUAGGUUCAAAGCAUAAAAAUCGUCAAGGCUACCAUUAUGAGCCAAUUGCAUCAACAUCCCGCCAAAGUCCAACGUUUAUCAUCGAUCCUGAAGAUUUAGAUUUUGACGAGCAGGAUGAUGAUGAACUAAUAAUUCCAAUUGGUCUUGGACAUAAAUUUGCGUGAUAAUUGAUUGAAUAAAUGAAUGGAUGAUUGAAAUGAAUGUACUUAUGUGUGAUUCAUAAGAAACUUAAGAAGAACAAUAUUUGCGGGUAAUUUAAUGAGAUAAGAUUUAAAUGUUUUCGAAUGUUUCCUUGCGUGUAAAUAUUUAAAUUUGUCAAAUCUUAAAUGGCUUUAAGCGUAACAAAUUAUGUUAUUCUAUAAAUAGAACAAUCACUUUUUCCAUUACAAAUUUAUGAAUUUUUCUAUAAUUUUUUUUGUAAAUGCCAAUUAGCAUAUGACGAUGUAAGUUUGUCAAACAAUGUGAAGAAAUUUGCUUGAAUUAAAACAAAAACUUUGAAUCAAUCAUCGAAAAUUUUAAUUUAGGUAGGUAAUUGGAAAAUUUUCAUUCGUUUUCAUUAAUACUCUGUCAGGAAAAGUUGAAACUUUCUGUUGCUUUCAACAAUCAAAUUGAUUAUGUUUUGUAGAUCGUUAAUAACAAACAUUCUAGUUAUAUAUGACAAAUCCUUUUCGAAAUAUAUUUUUAUUAUCUAAUCAAUAUUUAAA